GGCACUAUGAGUAUGAAGAGACAUAUAAGCCUUUAAGAGAACAUAGUGGUAGAAUUGUAAUUUGAUCCAAAAUGAGGGGCAUUUUCAUAAACGGAAAGACAUAAAACCCAGUGUCACCCUUUGUGAUCUCAACGCCAACUCCAAACUCUCUCUCUCUCUCUCUCUCUCUCUCUCUCUUGAUCUGAUCAUCGAGCAAAGAUGUACAGAGUCGCGGUGCUGUUGGCGCUGUUGUGUGCCAUUUGCCACUCAUCAACAGCCUCUACCUUCACUAAUGGUCUAUUACCAAAUGGGGACUUCGAGUAUGGUCCAAAACCAUCAGAAAUGAAAGGAACAUUAGUAACAAGCAAAACAGCAAUUCCGAAAUGGGAAAUAACAGGCUACGUUGAGUACAUAAAAUCAGGUCACAAACAAGGUGAUAUGUUACUAAUAGUACCAGCGGGUGCAUUUGCAGUGAGGCUAGGCAACGAAGCUUCAAUUAAGCAAAAAAUAAAGGUAGCAAAGGGCCAAUUCUACUCACUAACCUUCAGUGCAGCAAGGACUUGUGCCCAAGAGGAGAGGCUCAACGUGUCGGUCUCACCUAACUCUGAGCCCAAUGACUGGGGCAUGUUGCCUAUGCAGACCAUGUAUAGUAGCAAUGGGUGGGACUCGUACGCUUGGGGAUUCUUGGCUGAGGCUUCUGAGAUUGAAAUUAGUGUCCAUAAUCCAGGUGUUGAGGAAGAUCCAGCUUGUGGUCCACUCAUUGACUCAAUUGCUCUGAAACUCUUGAGCCCUCCUAAACGCGGAAACGAUAAUUUAUUGAAAAAUGGUAAUUUCGAAGAAGGACCAUACGUGUUACCAAAAACAUCAUCUGGUGUCCUAAUCCCACCAAAGAUCGAAGACGAUCACAGCCCAUUACCAGGCUGGAUGAUCGAAUCCCUUAAGGCAGUCAAAUACGUUGACUCCGACCACUUCGCCGUUCCGGUGGGGAAACGUGCCGUCGAGUUAGUCGGCGGAAAAGAGAGUGCCUUGACUCAAGUUGUCCGUACAAUCAUAGGAAAGACUUACGUGCUGAGUUUCGCAGUAGGAGAUGCCAAGAAUGCUUGCGAAGGUAGUUUGGGUUUAGAGGCUUUCGCCGGAAACAGUACAGUUAAGGUGGCUUAUAAAUCAACCGGUAAAGGAGGGUUCACACGUGCCAAGCUUAGGUUCAAGGCCACGCAAGCACGCACACGUGUGAUGUUUUUCAGCACGUUCUAUACCAUGACUAGUGACCAUAGUGGUUCUCUUUGUGGACCUGUCAUUGAUGAUGUGAGGUUGAUCAGUGAACGUCUCACUAAAGUAGUUAAUGCUAUUAAUUAAUUAAAUUAUUUCUAUUUUUUAUUUAUUAUUAUUAUGUAUGAGAUGAUGAGAUGGAUGAGAUCAUUCAUGUGAGGUUGAUCAUGUUCCUCCAUGAUCCGAACGUUUAAAUGUUUUGUUUUUUUCUAAAAGAACAAAAGAAGAAGUUGAAGAAAAAAGUGAAAAUUAUUCGAUUUAAA